AGAGCAGCCGAGGUGACAUCACUCAUAUACGUUAUCAGAACAUCAAAGUACACAUGAGUCUAACAAAAAUCAAACAAUUGACAGUGCUAGGGAUGCUGACUUUCUGAAUAAACUGAAGAGGUACAUAUUCAUCACUUUGCCAAUUCUUCACAAUCUAACACAUUCUUAUAUAAGAUGAAGUGGGAAAAGCUACAUUUCUGCAUUUUUGCAUGCCUAGUGGUAUCGAUCAGUUCAAGACGAAAUAAAGACAAUUACGUGGACAAUCAGUCGAUUCUAAUCGAGAAUGGUAGGUGCAAAAUCUCCUGUGCCAACUCUACUGAUGGUUGUAGUUUUCUCUGUGAGGGGGUUAACUUAACAAAAGGAUUUCCGGAAAUCCCCGGAUAUGUGACUGAUUUAAAAAUCAAAUCCUGCAUUAUGUCAACCAUGAUCAACUAUUCAUUUGGCAUACUGCCACUUCUAAGAAGUAUAACAGUAAUGAAUUCGAAAGUGAAAACAGUUUCGAAUGAUGCUUUCAGCAUGAUGUCAAACCUAACAACAGUGAUAAUUACAGGCAAUUUGCUAAAAUCAAUUCCACCAAACAUAUUUUGGUUGCCUUUGUUAAAGCACGUGGAUUUAUCCAGCAAUCUUAUCAGGGAUAUCAACUUCCCUGACAAUUUAACAACAGGUGGAAACAUAUCUAUAAAUCUGUCAAAUAACUCAAUCGGCGGCAUACUGAAUGGAACAUUCCGCGAAUUCACAGGUUUUGAUGCAGUGUCGUUAUCUUUGGCUCAUAAUAAUAUUUCAAGUAUUAAAGAUAAUACAUUUUCUGGAAUCAAUCGUUUUAACACUCUCGAUCUGAGUAGGAAUGACUUCAAGACUAAGGUCUAUCUUAUGGACAUAGGAUAUAGCAUACAGACAAUACCAACUAAGGAGUUGAAAUUGGUCAGGUGCAACUUGAAUCGUCAUUUGGACUCGUCUAUGUUUCGGCUGAUGUCCAAAACAGACAUUGAGAUCCUUGACCUUAGCGAAAACAGUUGGGAUAUAUGGCCAAACGAUACAUUGAUACACCUCCCUAAGCUCCAACAUUUCACCGCCGAUCACAAUCCGUGUUUUGCUUUUUUCUAUGCUGCAGAAGAAUUGACAAAUGCCCGAUACGUCUCACUGGCCUCGAAUGCGUUACUGAAAACUCAGAUAGUUGGAAUAAUUUUUAAAAAUUCGCCGAAGCUAGAGUAUCUUGACGUAAGCAGCAACCAUUUCCAAUUCAAAAUCAAUUUUCAUCUAUUGAAUAUUUCAUCGCUGAAAACAUUCAAUUUUUCUAACAAUAACCAAAGAAUACACAAGGCAAGGCGCAAAAUGUAUUUUAACUCGUUAAUGCCGAAUCUAGAAAUCUUGCGACUUCACGACAUUAAUGCGGACUGGGUUAAUUAUAUUGACCUGGGAGAUUUUGUAGUUACAAACAUGUCAAAACUAACAGAGCUAGAUCUCAGUCACAAUAAAAUUUGUAUAAGUUGUUCAAGUGUAAUUGACAAGUUUAAAGGCUUGGAUCGGUUACAUAAACUCAAUAUGUCAUAUAACAGCCUUAUACGUGCAACAUUCGAUGAUAUGAAUGCGUUUUUCGAUCAACUCCCAACACUUGAAAUCAUAGAUUUGUCGUUCAACAGCUUACAACAUCUGCCAUAUAACCUUUUCAAUGUAAUGCCUAAUCUAACUACGGUUAUUCUUGACGGUAAUCGCUUGACAUCUUUCUCCGAUAAGUACUUGAGGAACAAUCACAAUUUGGAGAAGCUAUAUCUACAAAGAAACGCACUGACUUGGAUAGAUGGAAAUACGUUUGCAAAUAUAAAAUUACAAUCCUUGGACAUCCGGUCAAACGCAUUUUAUUGCAGCUGUGAACUGAUUGGUUUAAGGAAAUGGCUCAAUUCCAGAAGCGCGACUAUUAAAGUAUAUGGGGAAAACCAAUUCUGCAAAACUCCUGGAAUAUACAACGACAGAACCAUCAAGACAUUUGAAUUACCCUGGCUUCAAUGUUACAACCAUCUUCUCAUAAUGUUAUCGGUAUGGAUUGGUGCUCCACUUUUGCUUGCGAGUGUGGUCGCUGUCAUUGUUUCAUAUUUCCGUUGGGACAUUAAAUACUGGUGGAUCCUUCGGAGAUCGCGACGUUCAAGAAAUGGAUACACAGAGGUAUCUGGAUUGGGAGAUAACAUAUUCAAAUAUGAUGGCUUUGUUUCUUACAAUAGCGAUAAUGAAGAUUGGGUGACCCAACAACUUUCACCAAAUCUGGAACAUUCUGAUGAUGACGUCAACGUCAAAUUGUGUAUUGCGGAGCGUGACUUUACUCCAGGAGAGUUCAUUGCAGACAACAUCGUAAACUCAAUAAAUGAGAGUAGGAAACUCAUGUUUGUUAUAACAGAAGAGUUCAUCAAAAGUCAAUGGUGUGCAUUCGAGCUAGAAAUGGCGCAUUUGAGACAGUUCGAUGAAAAGAAAAACCUAAUCGUGCUCAUAUUUUUAGAUAAAAUACCGAAAAAGAAAUUACCAAGGAAGAUCCGUUUACUCAUGCGCCAUGUGACCUACGUUGAAUGGGACGAAAAAAGUACUCGUGCCCAGCGGCUUGUGUGGAAGAAAUUAAAGCUUAGCUUGCUCGACUUUCCGUGUGAUCUGACCUACGGAGUUACCCCUUAAUCGUGAAAUAUAUAUGCAUAUGAUUAGGUUGCAGCUUCAAUGUAUGCUAUCUAUUUGAAAAUAUAAACUUGCUUUGCCGAGUGUUUGGAUGUGGGAAUUCCCAUAAGACGUAAAAAUAUGUGUACAUCAUUUUUUGAUUUGACUUGUGGAAUAUGUGCUUUACUAUACCCUAAUAAACGUGCAUAUGAUGUAUACGUGUACUGCGGUGGUUGCAGCAUCACUUGUUGUACGUUACUUAUGUACCAUCUGUAAAUAGGAAAUAUUUAUUCUCGGUGCUUUAUCAUUUAUGAAUAUUACUUACUUCUAUAUGAAAUGAUUGUACAAAUGGUGAAUGCCUUUGAGGGAAAUAGCGCAUGUUCCCGAAGCUGCAUGCCGAGGGAACAAGUCAGUAGACAGGAUAUUCCCGAGGGGAAAUAUUUAUACUACUUCCUUAAAAUGUGGCAGUCACUAUUUGUUUAUUAUACAUACCGGGUGGGCAUAAAAAAUGAGCCGUACUUCGGCACCUGAUAUUUCCAGGAAAGAUGGAGGACCAGUUGAUUAAUUUCUCAAGGGUAACAUAGGGAACAGGCGUUUUGACUCAUAUUUUUUGUAUUUUGAUCCCAUUACCAAAACUUUUCAAGGAUGAAACUGAAAUUAAUUGUUAUAUAGCGAGAUAAGUGGUUUCACGUGCACAUUUUUAAAAGUAGAGGUACGAGGGUCAUGGAGAUAUCAGGUGACAAAGUACGGCUCAUUUUUAUGCCCACCUGGUAUACGCAUAGUAAACAAAAAAGAAGGUCUUUUAAUUACAACAUUAAUGCUUGUAGGUCACUAAUGGCAUAUUAUAAAUAAAAAAUAGAUAUAAC